AUGUUGACCAAACACUUCUCCGCCGCUCUGCUGUGCGGUACAGCGGCAGCACAGGUUACCUUCCCAGUUACUACCCAGACGAGCUUCCCAGCUCCAGCAUGUACGAGUGGCCCACAGACGACUGAGCAGUUCACAGUCAACUACAACGUCAGUGAAACCGAAUCACCCACUUGACACCUCAGACCUGACAAGAAGCAAUAGUUCGAGACCGUCGAGAGAGGCGACCCCUUGACAGGCAUCACCAGCAUCGGCGAAUACAACCUCCUCAACUUCACAAACAUCAACUGGGUAGACACCGACCCGGACUUCGACGGCAACCAUCUCGGUCUCGCACCACACACGUACCCAGACGUCGCAACCUUCGGCGCGGGAACCUCUUCCCUGACCAAUUCCACCCCGCUCAUCACAGCCGACUACAUCGAAUCCACCCUCACCUCCUUCACCGCGCGGUCUUUCUGGUACGGCUGCGUCCUCCCGAGCCCCUACACCGCCGGAUCCCUGCCCGUCGCUUGCAACAUCACCGCUACUGGCUACUCGCGCGACGGCCACCCGCUGGCUGUGCAGAAUUUCGAAUUCAUGACGAAUGGAAGCGUCGUGCAGGACCAGAAGUUUGGCGAAUUCAAGGGCUUCACGAAUGUCCGUAGUGUGGGAUUCUCCGUCACGCCGGCGAAUAUCGGUGCGGCGUUGAUUGAUAACUUCAUCGCGACGCUGUACCAGCCCGCUUGUGCGCCGUAUUAUACCGGAUCUUAUGAGAAUGGAACUUGA